AUGGCAUUGUUCUUGGUGCUAAUGCCGGUUGAAACUCUUCAAUGUUACGAUUGUUAUGACUGCGAGGUUGCUGAAGAUCUAAAUGAGCUGCAAAUUUGUGGCGAGUUUCCAAUGAAUCCCAUAACACGCAAAACAACUACAACCAAAGCAACAACAGCAAGCAACAUUUCGAACAAUACAACACGAACUCCUGGAAAUGAUGAUGAUGAUUCGGAUGAGCUAAGUGAUGAAGACGUUGUACGCAACACGACUUUACGUCCAGGUAAUACGAUACCAUCAAGAAGGACAACAACUGCCACGACACGCCGUACAACGGUGAAAGUUGACAGUGAUGAGAGUGAUGAUUACGAUGGGAGCGAAGAUGAGGAGGACAGACGUAUGCGACAAGACGAUGCGGUGUGUUAUAUGGUGAAAUUAAUAGUCAACGACACCAUCAUUACGAAACGCGGCUGUGCGACAAUGAUCCGUGGCAAUAAUGUGCAAACUUGCAAAUCGAUUAGCUCGGGCUGGAGCAUGGACGAUUGUCAGCUCUGCGACACGGAUGGUUGUAAUAAGUUUGCUGAUGAUGACUUUAGCUGGGAAGCUGCAUGGAAUGGUGGCGAGCAGUUAGGAAAGGGUGUUUGGUUCAUCCUACCGACGGUACUGCUUAAGAUCUUACUGUGAGAUACACAGAAAUCUGCAGAAAAUUAUUUUUCAUAUUAU